AGCGCGUCCUCUAGUAUAACUUCUUCUGGUACUGCUGCUAAGCCUAGUACGGAUGCUCUCUGUGGUGCUCAACAUUUAUCAUCAAGUACAUCCGAUACGAAAUUGAGAGGCGUCCCGCGGUCCACCUCGUCCUCUGCAUCUGAGAUGGAGGACUACAGCAGCCACGAGAGAGUAUGCCGGACACUUCCACCAGGACUUACAGUUCGCGACACGAUAAGACUCCUGCACAACUUUCAAUGGUGCGGUUUUCACG